AUGAGCUGCAGCCGCCAGGCUUGCAUCCGCACGCUCCCAAGGAAGCGCCAGGGCCUCAUUGAUUUGCUGGGAUGGGGCUCCGGGGCCGGGGAAGAGCAUCCUGCAGCCCCCUCCCCAGAGAGGAUUGUUCCUCCCCCGCCCCGCGAUGGACCCCGCAAGCCGAGUACCGGCCUCAUGCAGGAGCUGGAGGCAGUGCAAGGCGGAGACCGCUCCUCCCACCCAUCCCUUGCCUUCGCACAGGUGACAAGUGUCACGGGUUACAAACCGGUGAGCAGGGUAUUUAUUAGCAUCCUGGCUUCCCAUGGCCCCUCAGGCUUGGCGGAGAUUCAAGAUGCAAUUAAAAAAUGCGUGAAAGACGGCAUCUUUGACUCCUUUGCCCAACUGAAGGAGGGGGCCAGAAUGGGCAAGGUGACCUUCUCAGAGCCACGGAAGCACCGAGGGCACCCCCAUGCCUGGUCACACACCCUCCUCCAGGAGGUGGAGACCAGCACCAGCCUCAGCUACAAGCAGGGACAGUCCUUAAAACCCAGCAGCCGGGGUGGAAAAUGCUGCAGGAAGGUGGGCAGCAUCCCUGAGAGAAAGAUCUCGGGCAACACGGAUGACAUCCCACUGGUGCGCUGGCGGCAGCAGUGGCUGGAGAAUGGCACGUUGCUCUUCCACAUCCACCACCAAGAUGGGGCCCCCAAUCUUCCCGGCUUCGACCCCACAGAUGAGCCCCAGACUGAGUCAGCAGAGGAGGAGCUGAGGAUCCUCCAUAUCUCCGUCAUGGGAGGGAUGAUCGCCCUGCUGCUCUCCAUCCUCUGCUUGGUGAUGAUCCUCUACACCCGCCGGCGGUGGUGCAAGCGGCGCCGUGUGCCACAGCCCCAGAAGAGUGCCAGCGCCGAGGCAGCCAACGAGAUCCACUACAUCCCCUCGGUGCUGAUCGGGGGCCACGGGCGGGAGAGCCUGCGCAAUGCCCGUGUGCAGGGGCACAACUCCAGUGGGACGCUCAGCAUCCGUGAAACCCCCAUCUUGGACGGCUAUGAGUAUGACAUCACCGACCUGCGGCACCACCUCCAGCGUGAGUGCAUGAAUGGUGGGGAAGACUUUGCCAGCCAGGUCACCCGCACCCUGGACUCGCUGCAGGGCUGCAAUGAGAAGGCCAGCAUGGACCUCACACCAGGGAGCGAUAAUGCCAAGCUGUCCCUGAUGAACAAGUACAAAGAUAACAUCAUCGCCACCAGCCCUGUGGACUCAAACCACCAGCAGGCCACACUACUGUCCCACACCUCCAGCAGUCAGCGCAAGCGCAUCAACAACAAAGCACGAGCCGGCUCAGCAUUUCUCAACCCUGAGGGGGACUCAGGGACGGAGGCAGACACUGAUCCCCAGCUGACCUUCUACACAGACCCAUCACGGAGCCGGAGGCGCAGCCGAGUGGGAUCUCCCCGGAGUCCUGUGAACAAGACCACGCUGACCCUCAUCAGUGUGACGAGCUGUGUCAUCAGCCUGGUGUGCUCAUCCCACAUGAGCUGCCCCCUUGUAGUUAAGAUCACCCUCCAUGUCCCUGAGCACCUCAUCGCUGAUGGGAGCCGGUUCAUCCUUCUGGAGGGAAGCCAGCUGGAUGCCAGUGACUGGCUGAACCCGGCACAGGUCGUCCUCUUCUCCCAGCAAAACUCCAGUGGGCCCUGGGCCCUGGACCUCUGCGCCCGGCGCCUCCUUGACCCCUGCGAGCAUCAGUGUGACCCUGAGACUGGUGAGUGUCUCUGCUACGAAGGCUACAUGAAGGACCCUGUGCAUAAGCACCUCUGCAUCCGGAAUGAGUGGGGAACAAACCAGGGGCCUUGGCCAUACACCAUCUUUCAGCGUGGCUUCGACUUGGUGCUGGGCGAGCAGCCAUCUGACAAGAUUUUUCGGUUCACCUACACCCUGGGAGAAGGCAUGUGGCUGCCACUGAGCAAGAGCUUUGUCAUCCCACCAGCUGAGCUGGCCAUCAACCCCUCAGCCAAGUGCAAGACCGACAUGACAGUGAUGGAGGACGCAGUGGAGGUCAGGGAAGAGCUGAUGACCUCCUCCUCCUUCGACAGCCUGGAGGUCCUCCUUGACUCCUUUGGCCCUGUCCGUGACUGUUCCCGGGACAACGGGGGCUGCAGCAAGAACUUCCGCUGCAUCUCGGACCGCAAGCUGGACUCAACGGGCUGCGUGUGCCCAUCAGGACUGAGCCCCAUGAAGGAUGGCACGGGCUGCUAUGACCGUCACAUUGGUGUGGACUGCUCAGAUGGCUUCAAUGGGGGCUGUGAGCAGCUGUGCCUGCAGCAGAUGGUCCCCCUGCCUGAGGAGCCCCUGCUCUACAACAUCCUCAUGUUCUGUGGGUGCAUUGAGGACUACAAGCUGGGCACAGACGGGCGGUCAUGCCAGCUCAUCUCGGAGUCAUGCCCUGAGGCAGGGGACUGUGGUGAGCCCCGUGAGCUGCCCAUGAACCAGACACUCUUCGGAGAGAUUUUCUACGGUUACAACAACCACUCCAAGGAGGUGGCCACGGGGCAGGUGCUCAAAGGGACAUUCAGGCAGAACAACUUUGCCCGGGGCCUGGAGCAGCAGCUGCCGGAUGGGCUGGUCGUGGCCACGGUGCCUCUGGAGAACCAGUGCCAAGAGGAGCUCUCCGACCCCACACCUGACCCGGAGUUCCUCACCGGGAUGGUGAACUUCAGUGAGGUGUCUGGGUACCCCCUCUUGCAGCACUGGAAGGUGAAGUCCGUCAUGUACCACGUCCGGCUCAACCAGCUGACCAUCUCCCAGUCCUUCAGCAACGCACUCCACUCUCUGGACGGGGCCACCUCCCGUGGAGAUUUCGUGGCACUGCUGGACCAGUUUGGCAACCACUACAUCCAGGAGGCAGUGUAUGGCUUUGAGGAGUCCUGCUCCAUCUGGUAUCCCAAUAGGCAGGUCCAGCGGCAGCUCUGGCUGGAGUAUGAGGACAUCAGCAAAGGCAACUCCCCUUCAGAUGAGUCAGAGGAGCAUGAGCGGGACCCCAAGGUGCUCACUUUCCCCGAGUACAUUGCCAGCCUCUCCGAGUCAGGCACCAAGCGCAUGGCAGCUGGUGUGCGGAUGGAGUGCCAGAGCCGUGGACGCUGCCCUUCCUCCUGCCCACUCUGUCAUGUUGCCUCCAGUCCUGAUGUGCCAGCUGAGCCCAUCCUGCUGGAGGUCACCAAAGCAGCCCCCAUCUAUGAGCUGGUCACCAACAACCAGACCCAGCGGCUCUUGCAGGAGGCCACCAUGAGCUCAUUGUGGUGCUCAGGUAGCGGGGAUGUCAUCGAGGACUGGUGCCGUUGCGACUCGAGUGCCUUCGGGGCUGACGGGCUGCCCACCUGUGCGCCUCUCCCACACCCCAUCCUGCGGCUCUCCACCGUUCAUGAGCCCAGCAGCACACUGGUAGUGCUGGAGUGGGGGCACUCGGAGCCCCCCAUCGGGGUGCAGAUCGUCGACUACCUCCUCCGUCAAGAGAAAGUCACUGAUAGAAUGGACCACUCCAAGGUGGAGACAGAGACGGUGCUGAGCUUCGUAGAUGACAUCAUCUCUGGUGCCAAGUCACCCUGUGCCAUGCCAGCCCAAGUACCCGACAGACUCUCCUCCACCAUUUCCCUCAUUGUUCGCUGCCUGGAGCCCGACACCACCUAUAUGUUCACACUCUGGGGAGUUGAUAACACAGGAAGACACUCCAGGUCCAGUGAUGUGACGGUCAAGACCCCCUGCCCUGUGGUAGAUGAUGUGAAAGCUCAAGAAAUAGCAGAUAAGAUCUACAACCUCUUCAAUGGCUACACCAGUGGCAAGGAGCAGCAAACAGCCUACAACACUCUGCUGGACCUGGGUUCCCCCAGCCUACACCGAGUCCUUUAUCACUACAACCAGCACUAUGAGAGCUUUGGGGAGUUCACCUGGCGCUGUGAAGAUGAACUGGGGCCCAGGAAGGCCGGACUCAUCCUCUCGCAGCUGGGGGACCUCAGCAGCUGGUGCAAUGGCCUCCUGCAAGAGCCCAAGAUCAGCCUCCAGCGCUCAUCCCUCAAAUACCUUGCCUGCCGCUACAGUGAGAUCAAGCCCUAUGGGCUCGACUGGUCGGAGCUGAGCCGGGACCUCAAGAAGACAUGCGAGGAGCAGACGCUGAGUGUCCUUUACAAUGACUAUGGUGACAAGGACUACUGAGGGUUGCGGGUGUCCGCUCUCAUGUUGGCCUUCCCACAGGUGUUUGUGAGGGUUUUAUACAUGGACCCAUGGGGUGGGGGGAGGGUGUCACUGAUGUUUCUGGAGGCAAAAAUUUGGACUGGGGCGUGAAACUGGCUGCUCUGUGCUGGACUGACUCAGUAUUAGUUUCUUCUUUAACUUGGCCAAAAGCCUUUCUAGUUAGAAGUCUUGUGGGACCCAGUUUUCUUGGUUUAGUUUUAUUCAUUUUGCCAAGAGGUUCCUCAGCAUUAGUGGAGAGGGCAGGUUGGGAGGGCACAGCCUUCUUCUCCUGCCCUAUCCCUGCCUUGGCUGUGGGGGCCGUCCCCAAGGGUGGGGGACACCAGUCAUGAGAGAAACACAGUGACACAGCCAGGACAGGAGAACAGGUGAUUCAGAGUUGGGAAGAUGGAGGCAGGGCAUGCAGGUCAGGUUGAGAUGCUAAUGGUUAUGGCUGAACAAAACAGCCACUGGAUGGCCAAGAGGGUUGGGAUUUAUUUUUUUUUUUCAAUUGUAAAUCAUGAGAAUUGGAUGAGACCUUGCCAAGUGAUUGUGCCAUUUCAGGGCAGGGCUGGCAUGGUGUCACCAGCUGAGGCAAUGAGAGAGGGGCUUUGGUGAGCCCAUCUCCUCAGGUUCUUCUGUCAUGGUCAAAGCCCAUGCCUGCUCCAAGAUGCAGAGUCCUCCAGAGCAAAAGCAGCUUGGCCUCAUGACCAGUGGACAUCAUGAGUUUUCUUCUUAUGGAACCACAUUGCUAGGAAGUCAACUUAAAAAUCCCUUCCAUUUUUUUUUUUUUAAACCCCCAUAAUAAAGACUUGAAGCAAUGUCAGACUACUGCUCAGGAGAGCCCUAGCCAAGAGAGCAGCACCCAGAUGGCAUAGACAACGCUGCCUUCUGCACCAGCUGCCCUGUAGCCAUGGCAUAUCCCAGGCUCAGCAUGGCAAGGGAAGUGGGGUGUAGCAUACCCGAUGCAGCAAUGCAGGAUAGUCCUGGAGGGCUCAGUGACACGGCGUGGUGGGCAGGUUUCUGGGGGUGUUUCUUGCCUGUGUUCAGACUCACAUCUGCAGCUCUCAUGUGUGGCUUUUAUUUUUUUUUAAAAAAAAAGAGAGAACUGGGGUUGUCCUGGGACACUGAGCUUGGUUCAGAGCAAACUGUUUUCCAAAACUCUUGUUACCACUGACAGUGUUGGAGGCAGCAAACAGCUUCCUUUUAGCUUCCAGCCUGGUUUGCAGAGGAGGCAUCUCUGAACUGGCUAGAUGUGCACCUUUGAUCUGGACAUGCCAGAAGCCCUACAGUAGGAUUUUUAUGAUACCUCUUCAGAGAGAAAGUUGCUUUUCAUUUUUCAGUCUUGGCAGGACCAAUCUUCAGCCCAUCUCUUACAAUUUUCUGCCUCAUUCCUCUUUCUACCUGCCAGGGACAUGGCUCGAAUAUUUGCAUAGUACUGAGAAGGAAGCGUGGUCUGUGGUCUGCAGCCAGUCACAGCCAACAGCACUGCAAUACAGUAUUUGCUGAACAGUAGUUAAGUAUCUUCCUGCUGGAUGAUACAGUGCUUUGCUCUUCCCUUCUCGUGGGCAGAGCUCUCCUUCAGGGGCAGCUGGCCUGGACCAGGGAGCUGCUGGGAGCAGCCACCAGCAGUCAGUGUUACCUGGGCAUUCCCAUGCCAUUUCUGUAAUGGAUGUGUCUACCAGGGGUCAUCAGGCAAAUGCACGCUCAUUGCAAGAAGGAAGUCUAACUGGAUCUUUGGGCUUUUUCUCAUAUGUUUCUCCUUAUAUUUUGAAUGUGCCUGAUGCUGCCAAGGGCUUGGGGCUCAGAGCAAGACCAGCCCUGUCUCCAUGAGGAGGUAUAUGUGGGCAAGGGAUCCAUACUGAGCCGUGGCUCCUUUUCCUUUCAGUCACAGGCAGUCCUGGCCAAGACACUUUCGUUUAUCCUCUUGCUUUUCCCAGAGGAUGCUGAGAAAACUUCUAACUUCCAGCCAGGCAGCCAUUCAGGGAUGGGCAAAGGGCACCUCCGCUCAAUGCCUCAGAGGGAUGCUUGAAUGAAGGCUGCUCUGGCCCAGAUGCAAGUUGGUUGCUUGCCAAGUAAUACCGCUUACGUGGCCUUUAUAUGAAAUGCAGACCAUUUUCUUUUGAGUAGCAGACUCCUCUCUUUUAUUGCUUACUAGGUGCAGCAGCAGGGAUGGGAGCAGUGCAGUCUGCCAGCCGCUAGCUGCAACGCUGCCAGGAAAACCCUGGACACCUCAUGCAUUCACACCUGCCUAGGUUACUUUUUUUGUCCAGCCUCAAGAUUUACACUGGGGCUCUGCAAAUAUUUAUUUUCUGCUUCUGUGCUCAUAUUUCAAAGCCCUUGUGUGGUCAAUCAAAACCCUGCAGCAGCAUCAGUUGGCUGGGACGGACUCACUCUCUUGGCCCCAGCUUCCCCAUGGGCUGGUGGAUGGACCACCCGGAGGGCAAGGGGAAAGUCACCCGUCCAAGGUCUUUUGGCAGCACCCUUACACAGUUGAACGGACUCAGCAUCCCCAUUCCCUGACAGACUGUGCCGUCUGCUGGUGAGUCUGUGUUCCGCUUGGUUGACUGCCACGGCAUUGCUGCACCUGCUGUGUUGGCAGGUCCUGCUGGUGUGGCAUGUCUGCAGGGCCAUUUUCACGAUAGCCCUGGCUUUGUGAAGGCUUCCUUCUUGGUUUCCUUGUUCUGGGUUUUCUACUCGGAAUUUUGCCUAAACUUGGAUUUUCUUGCCAAAAUCCCUCAAUUAACCCCUGAGCCCAUCUCAGACAAACACCAGCAGCCUGCCAUGCGGUCCCAGACUGAAGAGGCUGGUUGCACCUGGACCGCAGACCUGGCAUAGUGAGAUGUGUGGUAUGGGAUUUGCUCACCCCAAACAGCCAUGGGUGAGCCCUGAGGUGUGCCCUUCCCUACAGAGCUGACACCGUCCACAUCUGCUGCAGGGCCCUACUGUUGGGUUGGCACAGCAUUUUCUCUCUUGGACACCUGGUUCUUCCCAUGCUACCAACCACACAAAAGCUGGACAAGACACUGUCCAUUUCUGCAACUUCCCUCUCCCCCCUGCCCUCUCUUCUUGUUUUAGUUCUCAAUUAACAAGCGAUCAUUCACCUAAGAUGAACCUCUGGGUCGUUAUCUUUUCUUUGCUACACCCAUACCCCUGCAAUAGCAUUACUACCUUUUACUUGUGGUGGAGUUAUUUAACAUAUAAAGAUGGUUUGGUCCUUUUCUUUACAAAGAUGGCUACAAUUCAUGUUCCUUGAUGUUCUAUUAAAACUCUAAUGUGAUGUUUUACUACUGUAGAUUGAAAGUAGGGUGCUUUAGGGUGAGAUAGCCAUGUGGCAAGAAACACAAAACCCUUCUGGAUUACUUAAAAAAAAAAAGAAAAAAAGGUUUUAAA